GCCGCGCGCCCCGGGCUCCGGGAGCUCCAGAGGAGCGGGGCAGAGCGGAGCUCUCUCCCGAGGGGGCUUGUCUUUCCCCCCAGAGGGAUCCAGUCUGAGGCUGGGGUUUUGCAGGCUCGGCUGCAGGCGAAAGGACUAGCUGAGAGCCGCCUGGCAGCAGCAGGAACUAAGGAGACAGAGAUGUCGGGCAACUCGUCGGAGCUGGAAUGGGCCCUCCAGGUGCUGGUGAAGAACUUUGACAAAUACGCCAGCGGGUGCUGCAAGAAACCCCGGCGCAUCAGCAAGAAGGAUUUCCGCAAGAUGCUGAGCCGGGAGCUCAACCACAUGCUGACGGACACCGGGAACAAGCGCGCGGCCGACAAGCUCAUCUGUGACCUGGACGAGAACAAGGAUGGGCUGAUCAGCUUCGAGGAGUACUGGACCCUGAUCGGCGGCAUCGCCGGCCCCAUCGCCUGCCUCAUCCGCCAGCAGGAACACGGCACCAAGUUCACCAAGUAGCGUGGCCUGAGGGCGCCGGCAGCCCCCCAGAUCCCAGCUCGGAUCUCCUCCUUUGCUGCUUCUCCCGAGGCCAUGAGUGAUCCCCUGCCCCCCACGGCGCCUCUGAGGCUGGCUCCUCCCGGGGAGAGCGGAUCUCCUGCCAGCUGGGGCUCAGCCCCCACUCCAUCAGCAACCCCCCUUAGCCAGCGCUGCCCUGGCUAACACCGAUGCCCUGGGAAAUAGCCAGCACUGAGGGCAGCUGCCUUCGAGGGGCUCGUUCUUCCCUCCCCCCACUGCUGGGCUGGCCCACAGGGCAGCAGAGAUAUCAUCCUCCUGGCCUUGUUAGCAAGCCACCUGCUGCGUCACGUGGCAGAUCCGUGGCCUCCUGGACCCUCAUCCCUGAGCCAGGGCCCGUGCUGCUGGCAGUCACAGAGCCGUAGUUAAUGGAGGAGAAUCACCUGUGGCUCUCUGCAGUACAGGGCUUAUGUGACACACGCUGCAGUGGGUCUGACGUGCCAAGAAAGCAGAUUCGCAUUGUCCCAGAAAGGAGUGGGGCAGCAGGGACACACGCAGACACGCACAUGCAGACACGCACAUGCCAGUCAGUUACAGCCUGGUCGCUGCUUUUCCCAGGCUCCCCCUGUAGCUCGCUGAUGCUGUAUUGACCUUUGCCGCCCUCCCGCCAAACGCCCUGGGGUGUCUCUGGGGCUGGGCUAACCCCUCGGGGGGAGGGCACAGCCACCUGCAGGAUUCAGGGUGCUGGUGUACCGGGGUCCUGCAGGGCUGGGAUGGGGCCCUUUUGUUCUCCUCUUCGGAGGCUGUGCUGGUUUUAACCCUUCCUGAUCUGCAGCUGAGUGCUGAGCCUUGCCUGGCUCCAGGCUGGAGAGAUCUGUGCUGGCAGGGAGGGGUAAAAUUCCCCCCCCCCCCCCAGCCCCCCGCCAAGGCCCCAAGUGGGACAAUCCAAGUUCCCAGCCAUGCUGUCUCCUGCCGUGUCACUCUGUGUAGAAGUCCCGCGGGACUGGCUGGGGGUCUAGGCCCAUACCGGGGCGAGGGAGGGAUGCAGCCCCUUGGUGACUCUCCUUCUUGGAUCCAUUGUGCCAAACUCUGCCCUCAGUGCCUUUCCUGCAGCCCCCGCUGGGCUGCCCCCCAGGUGGGGGUUCCAGGGCAUUGUCCCCCAUCUACGACUUGAAUGGUUCCCGUUCUCAAACCUCUGUCUGGCUCGGGAUUCCAACCCCCAUGCUGGUUAGAAAGCAACCCGUCCGAGCUGGUAAGAAAUCUGUCCUUCCCCUUUGCUGACCAUUGCAACAGUUCUGUGGGGCCCAUGCGGCUCGCCUGACCUUCCCUAACGCCCUCCAGGGGCUGGCGCUUGAGCCAGACUGUGAAAUUCAUAACAAUAAAGUUUGGAGUGGGA